CAGACCCCUUAUAUAUGGUCCUCACCUGAACACUCUUUUUACUUUUGAAAUCAUUUCCACAGUGGAGACAGGCGCUUCCUACCCACCAGAAGACCCCCUACCAGUGAAUGUUGACGGAGCUUGCCCAACUUUUCGUGCAGUAAGAAGAACCAGCCACCUUCACACAGCAGCCUCCAGCGUCACUUCAGGACCUGAGCAGGAGCACGGGCCCUUUCUUCAAUGCAGACAAGCUUGAGACAACAGAUUCUCCCCGGCCUGAGCCUUAUCCUUCUCGUUUUGCACCAAGUACCAGAGCUUCAGGGUCAAGAGUUCCGAUUUGGGCCUUGCCAAGUGACCGGGGUGGUUCUCCCAGAACUGUGGGAGGGCUUCUGGACUGUGAAGAACACUGUGAAAACUCAGGACGACCUCACAAGUGUCCGGCUGUUGAAACCACAGGUUCUGCAGAAUGUCUCGGAUGCCGAGAGCUGUUACCUUGCCCACAGCCUGCUGAAGUUCUACUUGAACACUGUUUUCAAAAACUACCACAGCAAAAUAGUCAAAUUCAAGGUCUUGAAGUCAUUCUCCACUCUGGCCAACAACUUUUUAGUCAUCAUGUCCAAACUGCAGCUUAGUAAGGACAAUGCCAUGCUUCCCAUUAGUGACAGUGCACGCCGGCGUUUUUUGCUGUUCCACAGAGCAUUCAAACAGUUGGACGUAGACGUGGCUUUGGCGAAAGCCUUUGGGGAAGUGGACAUUCUCCUGGCCUGGAUGCAGAAUUUCUACCAGCUCUGACCGCCAAUCCGGAUAACUUCCUCCUUUGUUCUCCAUGCCAUUUCAAGGCACUGUUCAUAUCCCUGUUGUCCUCAGGGCACUUCAGACCCUUGGCCAUGGACCCCCGUCGUUGGCUCAGGCUUUUCCUCACACCUCACUCUUUAGUCCAAGCGACAGCCAUGGACAGCACCUGUGGAUGCUCCGACUGACCCACAACGUGGAUUUGCAUAUUUAUUACAGCCCUAUUUAACGAAUGUCACUGUUUCAGUGGAAACCGUAUUUAUUUGUGAGACUGGACGUUCCAUGAACGCAUCAUGCCCCGUGUUUGCACCUUACUUCCUGUGAGCUGACUCACCAUGGGGCCAGUAGAUGCUUGCUCAGUAAAUAUUUAAAAUGGA